AUGAGUUUAUUAAACUUCAAUCCUGCUGUGAGGACUGAAAUAACGACGUAUGUAAAUCCAUUUAGUAAGGUAGUCCUCGGUCUAAAAAAGUAUUGGCUACUCUGGGUUUGGUUGUUCAAGAUCUCUACUAUCCUACAAGAGAAGAGAUUUUACAAUAGGGAGUGCAAUUUGAAGAUGUAGACUAUUACGUAGAAGCCAAAUUGUAGCAUAUGUGUGAAAGAGUGGAUCGAUUUUUAGAUCUAGCCAGAUAAGAAUACAAUAAUAAUUCUGAAGAACAUGAACGAAAUGUAACUUAUAAUCUAUGCUCUAGUCUCAAUCAAGCCAACUGUAAUUGAGUCAAUCUUUCAUGUAAAAGUAAGAACAGAUACUCAGAACGUUGCAAAACAAAUAGAAGAUCGAGAUUGAGAGAGAAAUAUAAACUGAAAUGAAGAUCGAAGAAAUGAAAAGGAAGAAUCAAAUUAAGGAAAAACGAAUAGAAGAGUUAAGGAAAAUUUAGGAGGAAGAGUUUCAUCAAAGAAUGCAAGAGAAGGAAGCGAAACUCAAAUUGAGAGAACAGAAACUCAAAUAGUCUAAAUUACAAGCAGAUAUGCAAAAUGAAACCAUCAUGCGUAAGUUCUAAGAGGAGGAACUAAAGAUCCAAUAAAAGCAAGCUAAAUAUGCUUUGUUAAAACAAAUGGAGAGGGAGGAAAGGGAAAGAGUCAUCAUGGAAAAAAUGAAUAGGAGAGCCCAAAGAAUGGCAGAACAAGAAUAAUAAGUGCAGCUUGAAAAUUAGAUGAGAAAACAGGAAUACAAUAAGAAAUUGUAAAAUAUGGAGCAAAUGCUGUUUGAGAAGUAGUAGUACAUUAAACAAUAAAACUAAUUAAAAGAGGAAAGAGCUAGAGAAAAAUAUUAGAAUGCUACAGCUUUAAAAUAAUUGGAGACCUAUUAAAUAGAACAAAGAAUCCAUUCCAAAGAAAAAGAUAUUCAAAUGAGAAGUACGAUGCAAGAAUUCAACAGACAACAAUUGCUAUAGUAAAAGAGAAGUCAGGAAUAACAAAAACAAUGUAUGAUGGAAUAGAAGAAACUAAUAAUCAAUCAAGAAUAAAAUAGAAGAAAUCAAGAGUAUUUUAGUUAGGAGAAGGAAAGGGAAUUGAAGAAAUCAAUGUUGGAUGAGCAAAGAAAAUAGAAGAGGGAAGAAUGUAGUCUUGUUUUACAAUCCCAUAUGGAGGAAGUUUAAAUGGUAUAUUAAUUGAUUCUAAAAUAUUAAUUAGAAAUAAAGAUACUUAGAUAAAUAAACUGAAUUGGAGAACCAAAGGAUUAUGGCGUAAAAAUAAUAAUAAUUUUUAAAUGCUGAAGAAUUGAGAUAAAGAAACAUCUAAAACAUGAAGAGGAAAUAUGUUUAAGAAUUAUUAAAAUUGGAAGAUGCCACCUAGAAUUAUUAAAUUCAAAAGAGAAAAGAAUAAUACAAAAAUGCCACUUUGUUAGAAGUAUGAUUCUGUGUAAAUUAUUUAGAGAUUCGAAGAAACCGAUAGAAGAUUAAAACAACAAUAGAGUGAAUAUUAAAAAUUACAAGAUACAAAAAAAUAGAUGGAAGUUUAAAUCUAAAAUGAAAAGUUGAGAAUUUUAGCAGUAUUAAAUACUAAAGUUAUUUAGAGGAAUUUGAUAAGAAGAAAAAGCAGUUAGGUGAAGAAAGAAGUAUUCAAUAGGUUAGCUAAAUUGUAAAGCCUAAUCCAACCGACAGAGUAUUAAUCAAUAAACCUAUUAAAACUAAAAGUGCAACUAGUUUUCACUUACCUCCAGCUAAAGAAUAAAAAGAUCAAAAAUUAAAUUCGGAAAAUAGAUCUACCAAUAACAAAAGUAAAAGAACUCUGGAUGAAAAAUCUAUGUCUACUACCUCUUAAAAGAAAAGACAUUACUUUAUUUCUGAAGAUACCAUGAAGGCUGUCUCAUUAUAUGCAAAUGGAGAAAUCCUGAAAUAAUUUUAGAUUGAAAUACGUCCCAAUAAAAAGAAGAGAUGA